AGCAGGAGGAGGAGAGAGAGCAAGAGAGAGAGAGAGGGAGUGAGCGAGAACAAGGCAGAGAACGAGAGAGCGACGGAGGAAGCAUGGCUGGGAGUCUCUUUAACAGGCUGUCUCUGGAGGAAGCCGGCUCUCUUAACUCUCUCAGGAGCCCAGGAGCAAUGCAUAGCGUCCUGGACACCCUGAGCGACAGCACCGGCUCCACCACCGCCAACGAUUUGGACCUCAUCUUCCUGAAGGGCAUCAUGGAGAGUCCUGUGGCCCAUGAGCGGUUUGAGGAGCCGAAGCUGGAGGCAGUGAGGGAGAACAACGUGGAACUGGUACAGGACAUCCUGAAGGAUCUCACACCUCUCACCGAACAAAGUCAGGCAGCAAAUGAACUCGCCUGCAUACUCAGUGAGCCCCACUUUCAGUCUCUAUUGGAAACACAUGAUUCUGUAGCCUCCAAAAGCUAUGAGACACCACCCCCCAGCCCCUGUGUCUUCAUGGACCUGCUCAACAACCAACCCGUCCCUCCUGAUGCUGUCAGGAUGGUCGGCAUACGCAAAGUCUCUGGAGAACACUUGGGCGUGACAUUUCGUGUGGAAGGUGGAGAGCUAGUGAUCGCACGCAUCCUGCAUGGCGGUAUGAUUGAUCAACAGGGCCUUCUGCAUGUCGGUGACGUCAUCAAAGAGGUUAAUGGGAAAGAGGUGGGCAGUGACCCCAAAGUGCUGCAAGAUAUGCUAAAGGAGGCCAGUGGCAGUGUUGUGCUUAAGAUCCUGCCCAGCUACCAGGAGCCUCACACACCUCGGCAGGCGUUUGUGAAAUGCCAUUUUGAUUACGACCCUGCCCACGAUAAUCUAAUCCCCUGCAAGGAGGCCGGCCUUCGGUUCCACAGUGGCGAAAUCUUGCAGAUCUUCAAUCAGGAUGACCCCAACUGGUGGCAGGCAUGUCAUCUCGGGGGCGGCAGCGCAGGUCUGAUCCCCAGCCAGCUGUUGGAAGAAAAAAGGAAAGCAUUCGUGAAAAGAGACCUGGAGUUAAACACUGCAGGACCUCUGUGUGCAGGCAUGGGGGGGAAGAAGAAGAAGAGAAUGAUGUACCUGACCACCAAGAAUGCAGAGUUUGACAGACACGAGCUGCUGAUCUACGAGGAGGUAGCGAAGGUGCCCCCAUUUCGGAGAAAGACCCUGGUGUUGAUUGGCGCUCAAGGAGUCGGACGGCGGAACCUGAAAAACAAACUGCUGAUGUCACAACCUCAUCGCUACGGCACCACGACACCCUACACGUCCCGUAAGCCCAAAUUCGACGAGAAGGAGGGGCAGAUGUACCUCUUCAUGUCACGCAGUGAGAUGGAGGCGGACAUUAAGAGCGGCCGCUUCCUUGAGCAUGGCGAGUACGACAGCAACCUGUACGGCACCAAGAUCAACUCCAUCCAUGAGGUGAUCGAGUCCGGCAAGGUCUGCAUCCUGGACGUCAACCCUCAGGCUCUCAAAGUGCUGCGGACCGCCGAGUUUCUGCCCUACGUUGUGUUCAUCGAAGCCCCCGACUUUGAAGUUCUCAAGGACAUGAACAGAUCUGCGAUCGAGGCUGGAGUCAUCACCAAACAGCUCACGGACUGCGAGCUGAAGAGGACGGUGGAGGAGAGCGAGAGGAUUCAUAGAGCUUACGGUCACUACUUUGACCUCACUAUCGUCAACGAUAACCUGGACGGAGCGUAUCGCAGCCUGAAAGUGGCGCUAGAGAGACUGAGCACUGAGCACCAGUGGGUUCCUGUGAACUGGGUUUUCUGAGCCAGAUGAAGGUUUAUGUCUUGAUAUUAGAGUGCAGUGAAAUGUGAGCAGGUCGUAAAUAAACCUAGAAACAAACUUAGUCGUAUUUAAAUACUACCAAAAACACACCUUUUUUUCAUGCCGAUUAUAUGAAACGAAUCUAUUUUUUAUCAAAAAAAGAUGGUAUGAUAUUCUCAGAAUUGUUGUUUGAUCUUGGCAAAAGCGAUACCUACCAUGCGCCCUCUAGUGACAAUGCAGUAAAAUGACAUGCACGUGUUUAGCUAACAGGUAAAGAUUGUUGUUCAUUUGUGCUAGGUUUUUUGCAAUUAGAAUUAUUUUAAUUAUUAUUAUUUGAUUUUCACACUGGCAUUAUGUCUAUCCUUUUUAUAUAGUGCAUAAUGAUUGUCAUUUUUCAUUCUGCUUACGUUUUUUUGUUUCGUAAGAAAAUUGCAGACGCGAAAGCAAAACUCGUCAGUCAAGGGGCAACCUUUAAGUCCAAACGACCUGACAUAUAAAACCCGUGUCAGACAAGUUGUCACAAAGGAGAGCAACAAUACAAAUCUUAGGCAUGACCUAAAAAUCCACCAUCCUGCUGAGUUUUUGCAAAUCGUCCCCGCCAGCAUGUGGUUCCCGACCCACUUCCUCAUUCACAGCCCUGUAUCAUGCAGCGCCUUCAACUCUACAAAGUACAAUUGAAGCAGCUGGCGGUGGAGCGAAUGCACACGGGAAAGAAUCCAGACAAACUACAAUAAAUGGAUACAAAAGAAGCGCGAUUGUUUGCCGUACACCAAUGUUCUGCAGGGGUGAUGGCCGUCUAGCUUAGUUGGAAACUUCUGUGCAGGUAGAAAUCAUCUCGCAAGCUUAGCGUCCGCUUUCGUUUCAUGGAAAACACAUUCUCGAUUUGAAGAAAUAUUAAAAGACCGCUGGUUACAAGGGUUACAGAAAUGCUGCAAACAUGUUUUCAUUCCUCUUGAUAAACAAAACAAUCCUAUUCACUGUAGGACUUUGGAUAUGUUGGUCAUAACACUGUGACAAAAAAAGAAAACGAUUCACAAGAAAAAAAGGAAAAUCAGAGCAAACUAAUAGUAUAUUAUGUAUAAUAUCAGAAAAAAAUAAAAUGAUAAUUAAAUUUUUUUUUUAAGGUUUAUGAGAAUAAAACUCUACAUCGAAAAACCUAUUCCACAUUCAGCCACUAGGGGUGUACUAACUGAAACCCAGAAAGUGUCCUAUAAGUUUGAGAUCUAUAGCAGGAGAUCGUCCACUCCAACCCAUGUAAAGCAUUUUUUCAGGGAGGUGGAACAGUUAUAUAUCAAGUGAAGGGAAAAUUUCAUGCUACAGCAUCCAAAGAAGUCUUGUACAAUUGUGUGUCUCCAAGGUUGUGCUAGCAGUUGGGUGAAGAACCUCGGACAUCAGGAAAAAAUCAGACGUCCCAAUAUUUUUCUCCAUAUUAAGUGACUUUAAUUUGAAAUUUGAGAACAAAAAAACAGAAAAGUUCAGUAUGAUGAACUCCAUGAAACUCGAUGAACUCCAACAAAAGAGAGUAAAGUUCAAUUUUCUUCAGGCCAUUAAAACAUUCAUAAGGAAUUGAUGGAGCUAAGAUGUAGUUUAAGUGUGUGUGUGUGUGUGUGUGUGUGUGUAAAUGCUGUACGCGGUUAAUAAGGCCUGACCGCUGUAUAUUUGUACAGACUCUGUGUGAACUGUAGCUCUUUACUUAAAAAAAAAAAAAAAGCAAGAAAUGUUGCUGUAUAUGUGUUUAAACUGUAAAUAAUCACGAGCUCAUAUUCAAACACAGAAUAUUGGAAAUAAAGCAGCAAUAAACGUC